AUGGAGAAACUCAAGAAAGCAAGAGUAAUAAUUAACACUGAUUCUCCUGUUGAAAUGAUGUUAAAUGACAAUUUAACACUUUCUAAUGCCCAUAGCUUAAUAAUAGGAAGGCUAGACCCUAGUUUUAAUGAUCCAAGAUAUAAAUUUUUUUUUAAAGCUCUUGGCGUUGAUAUUUUAGAUAUACAAGAUUUAACUAUAUCAGAUAUUAUCAACCAGAAUUUAAUUUAUAUGAAAAGGGUAUUACAUAUUAAAGUUAUAAUCGAUGGGUGUCUAUCAAAGUAUUAUGAUUUAGGCAGUCUCGAUGAUAAUUUGUUUAAUAUCAGGCAGAUAUUACAUGACGAACCAAUUAUACCAUCAUUCUUUAAAUUCUUAAGAGGCGAACAUCUAAUAUCAGAAACGGAAGAAAAGCAUCAUGGAUUAAGGGAGAUUCUUAACGGCUGCGAUGAAUUGUUUAUUUAUUCCGUCAACGAAAAUUCCAAUAAAAGUGUCACUAUUUGCAAAUACUUGCAAUCGGAUAAGAUCGAAAAAUACACGGAAUAUCUGCCGACGGCAGAGAAGCUUAUUCAGAUCAGGACACUUCUUAAAAUGGGACCAAACUUUACUUUUCGCGAUGGAGACAAAAAAAUUAAUCGAUCCUCAGAAGCUUCUAUUGGUUGGAUAAACAUAGCCUGGAUCGAAAAUGAAAAACUUCAGUUAAAAAUUUAUCAAGACAACGAUCUAGAGUGGAAUGAAUUAGUUAGUCAGUGUGAUAUGGGAUUCACAUUUAAAGCUGCACCAUCUUUACCUUUGUCCUACUUGCCAUAUUUUUCCUUACUUGCUAACGCAUCAAACGAAUCUAGUGAAUCACACAGUAAAACAACCAAAUAUUCAAGUAUUGUCAUAAGCAAGGCAAAGUUAAGUCUUGAUGAAACAAAUAUAAUAUUGGAUAAUAGUUUUAUUGAAGAAGUAAAUUCUGCAUUAGUCGAUGACCAUUCGCGCAAUAAAAAACUUAAAGAACUUGGAAGAAUUUUAAAAAAAUAUGGACAUUUCUAUGCUAGUGAAGUCAUUUUUGGAGGUGCAAUCAUCGAAAAUUAUGAGAAUAUUAGUUCACAAACCAAAGACUCUAGUAGCCUCGGCGUCAAGGUUGUUGGAGACUUUGAACUACUAGUUCACGCUGAAGGCGGAUAUGAAUCCAAUGAUACCACAUCAAAGACAGUAGAUAUGUCGAAAGAAAUGUUAGCGAUAAUUGGUGGUGAUGAAAUUCUUUUUGUCAAGAAUGAUCCAGAAGCAAUUAAAUCAUGGAGGAAUUCAUUUAAUAAUUCCAAGCAUUGGCGAAUAAUCUCCUACAAGAUACGACCAAUAUUUGAUUUACUUGAUAAUGGUCUAAAAAACAAGGUACUUGAAGCUCUUGGAGAACAAAUUCUCAAAGUUGGAACAAUAACCCAUCAUGCAGAACUUGAAUGUUCAAACUUGAAUCCAAUUGUAAUCGAUAGUUGGAGUAAUGGUAUAUUUGAAGAUGUUACCUCGAACCCGCUUCAAUGCCAAAUAUUAGCAUCGAUAAUGAAUAAAGACAACCACAUCUAUUCUUUACGAAUUGAAUAUGUAGAUGAAGAUACUCCAGUAUUCGUUAUUCAUUAUCUUGAAAAGUUUAUAUUUGAACAAAGAAAUCAUGAUAUUAAAAUUACCAAAAAAAAAUGUGAAGAAAUGGCUAAAGUAAAAAUAGACAAUCAUCUAUCGUACAAAUGCCCCAUCGAGCAGUUUUUUAAUCAUUCUAGUAAAUUAGGAAUAUGUGUAAUUCAAUGUCCUUCAGAAUCCAGUAAUUACGACGUAUACCAGUCAAAGAUGGUUACUGGUAUUCAUUUUUCUCCAGAGAAAUUAGCAUGCAUGUUUGUUCAUGACCUUGAUGAUUGCACUAAUGUUGGUAAUACUAUUGAUGAAAUUUCUCCUUCGAAAAUAAUAUGCAGUAUUAUUGACAUCAAAGAUAAUAAAUCUUGUAUGCUGGAAGUAGAAUGGAAAAACAGCGGUCGGCAUAAUCUUUUUUCCGAUAUCUCGAAAAAAUUAAUUGUCUGUGAUGAACACAAAAAAUAUCUCACAUCACUUCUAGAAGAAUGUUUUAGGGAGGAAAGAAUUGACAAUCCACUAUUCAUGAGUAUUUUUAAUAAUUGUAGCCAACAUGGAUUUAUAAAUAUUACUCCAAAAUGCCCAAUUUACUUUAUGUUAAAUCGUACAAAUAAUACCCCAUCAGAAUUUAAAG